AUGGGAAAGGCAAAGAAAGUCAGAAAGUUUGCACUUACAAAACGUACUCUUAGUGCCAAAGACCAGAGGCUGAAAAAAACCACAAAAGAAGGCAACCCCAAACAGCAGAAGGAUUCUGAAUUGGUUCGUGAUGUGCCUCAAGUGUCUUCUGCUUUGUUUUUCCAGUUCAAUCAAGCUUUGAAACCACCAUACCAAGUGUUAAUAGAUACAAAUUUCAUCAAUUUCAGCAUUCAGAAAAAGAUAGACAUAGUCAGGGGGAUGAUGGACUGCUUGUAUGCCAAAUGCAUUCCGAUAAUAACAGAUUGUGUAAUGGCCGAGUUGGAGAAGCUAGGGCCCAAGUUCAGAAUUGCAUUAAGAUUGGCAAAGGACUCAAGAAUAAAAAGAUUGAGCUGCAGCCAUAAAGGAACCUAUGCUGAUGACUGUUUGGUUUCUAGAGUUAUUCAGCACAAGUGCUACAUAGUGGCCACCAACGAUGCUGAUCUCAAGCGAAGAAUACGAAAGGUUCCUGGUAUUCCUCUUAUGUCUGUUGCAGCUAAGAAAUAUGAGAUAGAAAGAUUGCCUGAUGUGUUUUAA